AUGUUCAUGCUUUAUCUGUCAGGUUAACAGGAAAACCCAUAGACAACGUGAUCAACAUGGGUUUAACAUCAUGAAACGAUCUGUAUAUGUGUGUGUGUGUGUGUGUUUUCAGGUUAACAGGGAAGACCAUAGACAACGUCAUCAACAUGGGUUCCUAUAACUACCUGGGUUUCGCUGAGAACAACGCUGAUUUCCUGAAGACUGUAGCAGCCAGAACCCAGCAGUAUGGUCUCGGGGUCUGCAGCACACGACAGGAAAUGGGUGAGCGGUUGUGGCGGGGGAUGUGUGUGUGUGUGUGUGGUGGGGGAUGUGUGGGUUGGAGGGUGGGGCUGUUUUGUGGGCACUUUUAG